GAUCCCGUGGGAUCUGGUUCCUCUCCCUGCAGAUCAUCCGCACCUUCCGCAUCGAGACCCGGAAGGCGUCGAAGGCCGUGGCCAGGAGGAAGAACUGGAAGAAAUUUGGCAACUCCGAGUUCGACGCCCCCGGCCCCAACGUGGCCACAACCACCGUCAGCGACGACGUCUUCAUGACCUUCAUCACCAGCAAGGAGGACCUGAACUGCCAAGAGGAGGAGGAUCCCAUGAACAAGCUGAAGGGACAGAAGAUCGUGUCCUGUCGGAUCUGCAAGGGGGACCAUUGGACCACCCGGUGUCCCUACAAGGACACCCUGGGGCCCAUGCAGAAGGAGUUGGCUGAGCAGUUGGGAUUGUCCACGGGGGAGAAGGAGAAGCUCCCUGGAGAACCAGAACCAGUCCAGGCCCAGCAGAGCAAGACCGGGAAGUACGUCCCUCCCAGUCUGCGUGACGGCGCCAGUCGCCGGGGGGAGUCGAUGCAGCCCAAUCGUCGAGCUGAUGACAAUGCCACCAUCCGUGUCACCAACCUCUCCGAGGACACGCGCGAGACCGAUCUCCAGGAGCUUUUCCGCCCCUUCGGUUCCAUCUCCAGGAUCUAUUUAGCCAAGGAUAAAACCACUGGACAAUCCAAGGGUUUUGCCUUCAUCAGUUUCCAUCGCCGCGAAGACGCCGCUCGGGCCAUCGCCGGAGUCUCCGGCUUUGGCUACGACCACUUGAUCCUCAACGUGGAAUGGGCCAAACCUUCCACCAACUGA